ACUUGAAAUUCAGAAAGCACUGACAACAAUUUUAUAAACCACAUGUGUCUUUUGACACAGACCACAAGCCCACCCUACACAUGGGUUUGAGGUUGGGGUGCAUUUCUGUGCAGCAGAACUUCUCGGUCCUGCAGUGCAAACCAUUUCUCAGUUCUCGAUUAUUGCGUGUUGUCUCGCCUUCAUGUGAAUUUCGCUUUUGUCUUCACUGUGCGGCAAUGAAUGACUUUACUGGCAGCGCGGACAGUGUAGUUUUGUCCUGUUGUAUUUGACCAUGACAACACUCACUCCAACUGCCUCUACUUUUGGAGUAGGAGACGCUCAGAGCUUUGUGCCGCUGCUCUCCUUCAGCACCACUCCUGAUUACGGCUACGACGAUGAUGAACUUGAUGCCUAUGGGAGUUGUCAAUAUGAGCGACACGGGGCUACUUUUCUUCCCGUCCUCUAUGCCAUUUUCUUCGUCUUUGGACUCGUGGGUAACUCAGUGGCCAUCUGGAUCUUAACGUGCGGGGUACGACUCCGCAGCAUGACUGACGUGUGCCUCCUGAACUUGGCCCUCGCCGACCUGCUGCUGGUCUGCACCUUUCCCUUCCUCGCUCACCAAGCCCGGGACCAGUGGGUCUUUGGGGACGGGAUGUGUAAGGUGGUCCUGGGGGUUUAUUACAUUGUCUUUUACUGUGGAAUCUUCUUCAUUUGCCUCAUGAGUCUUGACCGUUAUUUGGCCAUCGUGCAUGCUGUCUAUGCGAUGAGAGCACGGACGCGAAUCUUUGGACUGAUUGCAGCUGUGGUCAUAUGGGUGGCUGGUUUUAUCGUCUCAGUCUCUGAAUUGAUCUUUCUCAAACAGCAGUCUGUUACGAAUUCAGAUGGUAAUUUGUCUACGUUCUGCUUCCCUGAUUAUCCCAAACCCACAUAUGAUUCUUCCAACACCCAUUUCUGGAAAAUCUUCAACCUUUUAAAAAUGAAUGUUUUGGGUCUGUUAAUUCCAAUUUUCAUUCUGUGUUUCUGCUAUUCCCAGAUUAUCUUUAAACUUCUGUCCAUUAGAUCCACCAAAAAACAGGCCAUCCGCCUCAUUCUGUUCGUGGUAGCCGCUUUCUUUUACUGCUGGGUCCCCUACAACAUCGCUUCCUUCGUCAAAGCGAUGGAGCUCCUGUACAACAACACAAACUGCGAGAGCAGCAAGAGACUCACGCUGGCCCUGCAAGUCACCGAGGCCAAUUCCUACUUCCACAGCUGCCUGAACCCUUUCCUGUACGUGUUUGUCGGGGAGAAAUUCAGAAUGCACCUUCUGAGACUGAUCAACAGGGCUCCGUGCAGACUGUGCCAGGUGAUCAAGGUCUUCCUACCGCAGGACAGAGUCUCUGGAUCGGUCUACUCCCAAACCACCAGCCUGGACGAGAGGAGGACAGCUGUGUAGACCGGGGUCAUGGAUAUGGUUCUGCUUAUGUGUUCUUCCCUCGUAUCUCUGCCGUCAACUCCAAAAUGAGCACCUGAAAAUGGACGGAUUAUCACUUUUUAUUAAAAUGUGAACUGUUUAAGACAUUGGAAUUUAAAUAGAUAAGCGAAAGUAGUUUAAUAGCCACAUUUGCUUUGCUAGGUAAAAUUUACCCUUUUGGCUUGGUUCUAUUGACUACAUAAGAAAGUAUAACAGGGAAGGAAAACAGAUGGUUGUUGUAGCUGUGGUGAUGAGGCAGAAAUUAUUUUAAUCUAAAAGUGAACCAUGAACAUCUGACCAAAGGUUAGUGUGCAUCUUCUGUGUCAACCGCAGCAGCUGUCAGCAGCCUUAUUGGACCAUCAGCUGUAGUAAAGAGCAGCACCAGCGUGAAGGAGUGAAUCAAACAUCCAUGUUUUAAAGUUCAAGUGAAAGAGUCUUUAUGGUGCACUGAUCCAAAUCCGAACUGUGGCUCACCUUUUGUGUCUCUUUUCGGCACAGGCCUUCUACCUGCUCGCUCUGUGUGACUUGACUUGGCUUGAGAGACUAAAGGUAGAUUCGUUUUUUGUUAAAGUGAAAAGUUGAGUUGAGUUUUUUCUGUUUUGUUUUUCUGCAGGAUGUCUUGUUGCAAUGAGAGAAAAAAAAAAUCUAUUUGUACUUGAAAAGGCAGCAGUGUCCCUUUUUCCACUCGUGUGUUUAUAUGUUACAGAGCAAUAGCGCCUUAUGUUUGUAACACCAUCCUGCGUUAGUUUUGUGGGUUUCAGUGCACGUUAUGCUGAAGAGUUUCACGCGAGCUCAACAAAGAGACGUAAACCACAUUCUCUAAGAGGAAGUCUGUAAACCAAGCUGCCGUGUUCUUGACAGCGUCUGUGCACAUAAGAGCAUGUAAAGUCACCCGCUUCAGUUCUUACUCUGUACAGAGGCAACAGUAUGUAGAAAAAAAAAACAAGGUGCAAGUUUGAUCAAUGGUUAUGGUUUAUAUAAGAAAUGCUUGCAUACAGUAUAUUUACAAUCUGAUG